AUGGCGGAUGUCCCCGUGUCCGUGCUGGACCCCGGUGCCGGUCACUGCCCGUCCCGGGCCCGGCGGGCGGGGGGAGGCGCCGCUUCUUCCUCAGGCAGCUGCAAAACCUCGGAGCGCAAGAGCCGGGGCGGCAAAGCGGACACCAGGAACCGUGGGGCAGCCAAGGAGAAGACUCUGGAGUGYGGGCAGAUCGUGUGGGGCCUGGCCUUCAGCGCCUGGCCGGCCGCUGAGGAUGGUGACACCGAUCCCACCUGUGCCCUGGGGCUCCCCUGCCUGGUCCUGGCCACCGGGCUCAACGAUGGGCAGAUCAAGGUGUGGGAGGUGCAGACAGGGCACCUCCUCUUCAGCCUCUUGGGCCACCAGGAUGUGGUCAGAGACCUGAGCUUCGCUCCCAAUGGAAGCCCCAUCCUCGUAUCGGCCUCGCGGGACAAGACCUUGCGUGUGUGGGACCUGAGCAGGGACGGGCGGCAGGUCCAGGUGCUGGCAGGCCACGUGCAGUGGGUUUAUUGCUGCUCCAUCUCCCCCGACUGCAGCAUGCUCUGCUCCGCCGCCGGGGAGAAAUCGGCACUGCUGUGGAGCAUGAGAUCCUACACGCUGAUCCGGAGGCUGGAGGGCCACCAGAGCAGCGUGGUGUCCUGUGACUUCUCGCCGGACUCGGCGCUCCUCGUCACCGCCUCCUACGACGCCUGUGUCAUCAUGUGGGAUCCCUACACUGGGGAGCAGCUCAGGACGCUGCGCCACGUCCCGCUGCACUCCACACUGGACUCCAGCAGUGAGAUCCACACCAGCUCCCUGCGCUCUGUCUGCUUCUCCCCCGAGGGGCUCUACCUGGCCACGGUGGCAGAUGACAGGCUCCUGAGGAUCUGGGCCUUGGAGCUUCGUUCUCCCGUGGCCUUUGCCCCCAUGACCAACGGGCUGUGCUGCAUGUACUUCCCCCAYGGAGGGUUCAUCGCCACGGGGACCAGGGACGGCCACGUACAGUUCUGGACAGCCCCUAGGGUCCUGUCGUCGCUCAAGCACUUGUGCCGUAAAGCCCUGCGCACCUUCCUCACCACCUACCAGGUGCUGGCGCUGCCCAUCCCCAGGAAGCUGAAGGAAUUCCUCACUUACMGGACUUUUUAAGGUGGCAGGGACAGCGGAGGCACGGAGGGGAGCCCGGGGCUCGGGCCGGGCCGGCGGCGCCGCGGGAAUGCCGAGCCGUGAGCCGGGAGUGCUGCUGCUGCCGCUCCCGUGGUUUUGGGGCUUUUUUAGGUGUCAUAAAACAAAACCCCAGCAAAAUCCUACGCAAGGGGCGAGGGGUGGUAGCCCUGCAGGGGAUGCAGGGGGGACACUCUGUCCUCUGCUGGCUGCAGGGGUUGGGUCAGGUGCUUCUGCUUCCGGCGGUGUGGGGUGACACUGGAAGCAGAGCUGCUGUCACCGGCACAGGUACAGGGCCAAGCCACCCCAAAACACCCAGCUGGGAACGUCCCUGCGGCCCGGCGCAGGUGGGAGCAGGGCGAGCCCGAGUAGGUCUCAAGAAAUAAAAAUCAAUUCCUCGUGAUUUCUCUCCCGGCUCGCUCAGGUG